UGAGGCGCGUUGAGUGGACAUCGGACCUACUGGGAAAGUUGUGAACCGUUUUGGAUUAAUUGUUCUAUUAGAGGAGUCAAUUAUUGACCAAUGAUAAAGUAAUCCAUUUGGAAUUCAGACAGACACGAUAAGAGCAAUGUUGUGUCUGCAGGACUCUGAAGACUGUCUGGUGAACCAGAUGCAGUACAUGAGGUCCCUGCAGGACCUGAAGCACAUGAGCCGACCGGUCAGCGAUCCCUCCGGCCGCUCCUAUGCCAUGACCCGUGCCUGCCAGCAGAAGACUCAGCAGCGGGAGCGCAUGACACGCCUCCGUAGGCCCAUCUCUGAGGCCAGCACUUACGACUCAGCUUGCUGCCUGGCCAGCCCCAUGGAGGAGGAGCAGGAAGGGCAAAAGCGGCUAAUGCAGGGCUCCCCCAGCAGUGACAAGAGUCUGGAGUUUGACUCGGGCUACUCUGAGGCGUCCUGGCAGGACGAGGAUGUGGUGCUCAGGAGGACCAGGAACGUACGGGUGUCUAACUCCGCCUGCCUCCGCACCAACCGGGGAGUGGGUCCCGCCGGCCGGAUCCGGCCCAAAUCCACUUCUGACGCUUGUCUGGAGCGCUGGACGUCAUUUGAGGCAAGCAGCGACCCGGAAGACUGGACCACGUCACUGCUGAGCCGCAGCAGGAACAGACAGCCCCUGGUGCUGGGGGACAACAGCUUUGCUGACCUCAUUAAGAACUGGAUGGACCUGCCAGAGUGUCCUGAGCCAGCAGAACUCAAGCCCCAUGCAGGCCGGCGCCUGGCCAAGGACCUCCUGGUCAACAUGAGGAGGAAGCUGGCAGGGAUGUCUAAGAGCGUGGAGAUGAGGGCCAGACCAGCAGACAGCACCAGGGUCAGCAGGGCCGCGGUGGCCCCCAAACGCAUGUCCUGCCCCGUGGGCUUCCAGCCAUGCAAACCCUUCUUUCACCAGUCCCACACAGGCCUGCACCAACUGGGAACAGACUUCUACCAGUUCACUGCUCUCAUGAAGACAGGCAGCCGACAACCUAUCAUAUGCAAUGACAUCAUCGGGUACGUCUGAUUGGAGUGAUGUCACAACUACGGAUUCUUACCACAGAUUUACAUAAUGUUAUUUAAUUUUUUUUAUAUGUGCUUUAUGUUUAAAUAAUGUUGAAAUUGUUACAAUAA